AUUUAAUAACGAAACACACAAAAAACAAACUCUCAACCAAAUACACAGAGAAACGAAGAAGAAGAAGAUAAAAAGCAUUUUUCAAACCAAAUCCAAUAUUCCAUUCUCUCCGCCGCCUGCUUCCUCUCUCUCCGCCCAUCUCCACCCUCCAAACCCUCACCGCCGGCGACUAUGCAGCCCUGUAGCAGAGAAAUGCAAACCUUCAACUCUCUCUUAAACCACUCCCAAAUCUCUCUCCAGGACCUCCACGCCGACGCAACCCACCAUUUGAAUCCCCCACCGCCGCAGAUCCCGGCGUCUCAGCUCCACCAUUUUGAUCCCGCCGCUGCCGCCUCCCACGACGACUUCCUCGAGCAAAUGCUCAACACAAUCCCCUCCUGUUCCUGGCCCGACCUCAACCCUUCAAACCCUAAAUCCCCUUGGGACCUUAACCCCAUCAAUAAGCCGUCAAGAGAUAUCUCCGACGACCACCACCAGAGCCACAUCACUGCUACAUCUCCGGCUGCCAAGGCCGCCGUCAUGCUCCAGCAACAGCUUCUCUUGAACAGAGGAAUCUCCGUCUCCACUGGAAAUGGCGUCGCCGACCACGGUCUCCCACCUAUGCCUCUCUCCCUCGGAAAUGCCGACUUAGACCGCUCCCAAAACGACGUCGUCGAGGGAUCCUGCUUCCGCACACCGAACUCGGGAGGUUCUAUUCAAUCGCAUAGCUUCGGAGCUCCAGGGAACGGGAUGAGUCAAACUCCGGCCGGCGGUUCCGUCGGAGUUUCUCCAUCUCAGCCGAAGCAGAAGGUCAGAGCUCGCAGAGGCCAAGCCACAGACCCACACAGUAUCGCCGAAAGGCUUCGAAGAGAGAGAAUUGCAGAGAGAAUGAAAGCACUGCAAGAACUCGUUCCCAACGCAAACAAGACAGAUAAGGCUUCAAUGCUGGAUGAGAUCAUCGACUACGUUAAAUUCCUCCAGCUCCAAGUCAAGGUUCUGAGCAUGAGCAG